AUGGACGCCCAGUACCUUGCUGCUUUGGAGGACACCCUCCAGCAGACGUUUUCCCCCACCACCGUCAAGCAGGCCACGGCUAGGCUCUCCAAAGAGCUCUACUCCAACGCCUUGGCCUUGCCCUCGCUCUUGCACAUCUUGCAAACGUCCACGCAGGACCAAGUCAAGCAGUUGGCCGCGGUCGAGGCCCGCAAGCUCGUCGGCGCCAAGUGGGAGACCGUGGCUGCGGAGUUGAAGCCGCAGAUCCGCGCCGCCUUGUUGCAAAACACGUUCAGCCAGCCGCUGAAGUUGAUCAGACACUCGUCGGCGCGCGUGGUGGCGGCCAUCGGCGACCAGGACUUGGUUGAGGACUCGUGGCCCGAGUUGUUGCCCACGUUGGUGGCGGCCGUGCAGGACGGCGACGCCCAGAACAAGGAAAUGGCCGUGUACACGCUCUACACGUUGUUGGAAACGCUGUGCCCCGCGCUCAGCGCGCACCAGGACGACUUUGUGGCGCUUUUCGCCGGCCUCGUGGCCAGCGGCGCGUCGCAGGAGAUCCGCGUCAACGCGGUGGCGUGCUUGGACUGCCUCGCGCAGUUCCUCGAGCAGGACGACGCCAUCAACCCGGCCACCGCGGCGCAGUUCAAGGCCGCCAUCCCGGGCAUGCUUGCCGUGUUGCAGGACGUGAUCCAGGCCAACGACUCCGACAAGACCAAGGCCGUGUUCGACGUGAUGAACUCGUUGUUGUUCUUGGACAACCAGUUGGUGGGCGAGCAGAUCGUGCAGCUCAUCUCCACCAUCGCCGAGCUCGCGGCCAACACGCGCUUGGACGAGGAGUUCCGCUGCAUGGGCUUGCAGUUCUUGAUCUCUGUGGUGUCCUUGCGCAAGACCAAGGUGUCCAGCAACAACUUGGGUCCGCAGCUCACGGCCAUCGCCACGCGAAUUGCGUCCGAGGAGAUCGACGUGGACGACGAGUUGAACAACGAGGACGAGGAGAACGAGAACGAGGAGAACACGCCGGCCGCCUUGGCCUUGCGCUUGAUGGGCGUGUUGGCCGGCGAGUUGCCGCCGCUGCAGGUCAUUGCGCCGUUCUUCGACAGCUUGCCUGCCAUGGUGGCAUCGCCCGAUAUGUUUGCCAGAAGAGCCGGGCUUUUGAUUGUCGGCGUGGCCUCGGCCGGUGCGCCAGACUACCUCGCCACCCAGGUGGCCAAGAUCGUGCCUGUGUUGAUCAACGGCUUGCAAGACCGCGAGACCGUGGUGCAGGUGGCGGCCGUGCGGGCCGUGGCUCAGCUCUCAUCCGAAUUGCAGGACAACAUUGCGGACUAUCACCAGCAGCUCUUGCCGCUCAUCAUGGGCAUCAUCGACUCCGCGGCGCACGUCAUGGCCUACAAGUACGCGUGUUACGCGUUGGACGGCAUCAUUGAGUUCAUGGGCCACGACGCGAUUGCCCAGUACAUGGCGCCCUUGAUGCAGAAGUUGUUCAGCAUGUUGGAGGCCGCCAACUCAUCCACCUUGAAGGCAGCCAUCGUGUCCGCCAUCGGCUCCACCGCGUUUGCCGGCGGCAAGGGCUUCACGCCCUAUUUUGACCAGUCCAUCCACAUCUUGGAGCCUUUCAUCUCCAACGCUGCGCAAACCGAUGGCAUGUCCGAGGACGACAUCGAGUUGCGCGCUUGCACCUUCGAGAACAUCUCCACCAUGGCUCGUGCCGUGGGCUCCGAGCCCUUCGCUGCCUACGCCAAGCCUUUGGUUGAGGCUGCCUACUCGUCCAUUGGUGCCGAGCACCCCCGCAUCCGUGAGUCGGGCUUUGCUUUCAUCUCCAACAUGGCCAAGGUCUACGGUGCAGAGUUUGCCGGCUUCUUGGACGAGAUCGUGCCCCAGAUCUUGAAGUGUUUGGAGCAGGAAGAGUUCUCCUUCGAAGGUGGUGAGGACGACGACGAGGAAGAGUUCGAGGACGACGAGGGAGACAUGGACAACAAGUUCAAGUUCAACUCGGGCAUCACCAUCGAGAAGGAAAUCGCCUCCGUGGCCUUGUCCGAAUUGGCCAUGGGCACCGGCGCCGCUUUUGCCAAAUGGGUCGAGCCUUCUUUCAAGACCUUGUCCGAGCAGGUCGAGGUCUCCUACGGCAUGAGGGAGGCCGCUAUGAACUCGCUCUGGAAGAUCGUGCGCGCUAUGUUCAAGGCUACUUACGGUGCCGACUUCAAGGCGCCAAAGGGUGUUCCACAGCAGUCCUACCUUGACGCCAAUCUCUUGCAAUUGAUUGAGCAAGCCAGAGCCAUCACCGUGGCCAACUUGGAGGAGGAGUUUGAGUUCAACUUGGUUGUCUGCGACUUGGACAACCUUACCGAGGCCCUCCUGACCUGCGGUAUUGCCGCUCUUGUCAGCAAUGCCUCAGACACCAGCCUCCUCGAGAAGCUUUGUGUGCAGUUGAUGAACAUCUUGAAGAAGGAGCACGGCUGCCAGUUGGACGACGAGGAGCCUGUUGACGAGGGCGAGGACACUUCUGAGUCCGAGGCCAUGUUGUUUGAGUCUGCUUUGGAGGUCUUGAUCAUCUUGUCGCUCGAGCUUGGCCCUGACUUCGUCAAGAUUUUCGCCUCUUUCAAGGACGUUAUCAUCGCCAAUGUCACAUCCAAGUCCAAGUCCAAGAGAGUCAGCUCCAUUGGUGGUUUGGCUGAGAUCUCCGCCGGAUUGAAAAACGCUAACCCUUACACCGAUGACUUCUUGCAAGUCUUCUCCGACAGAUUGGCCAACGACAAGUCUUUGGAAGUCAAGGGCAAUGCCGCAUACGGUGUUGGUAUUAUUAUCGAGGCCAGCUCCACCGACUUUUCCGCCAGCUACCAGCAGAUCUUGCAAACCAUGUUCCACUUGUUGAGCAAGUCCGACGAGCAAGCUAAGUUGGACGAUGGCGAGUCCAAGGACGUUGUCAACAGAAGUAACGCGAACGCUUGUGGCUGUGUUGCAAGAAUGGCAUUGAAGAACGCUGCCGCUGUCCCCGUUGAACACGUUUUGCCUGCCUUGUUAAACCAUUUGCCUUUGGAAUCUGGCCCUGAAGAGAACGUCCCAAUCUUGACCUGGAUCAUCAAGUUGUACGAGAGUGGAGACAGCUUCAUCGAGUCUCAAACCGAGAGAGUCAUUCAAAUCUUGGCUGAGAUUUUUAAGAAGGAGGCUGACAGACUUAAGUUGGUCGAGGAAAGUACCUUGGGCAGAGAGGAAAACAUCGAGAAAAUCAAGCAAUUCCACACCAAGGAGUUGGAAGAGAAGGUCGUCAACUUGGUGAAGUUUUUGAACCAGAAGUACGCUAACAUCAUCUCCAACCACGAGAUUUUGAAGUCCAUUGUUGCAUAA